GGGAGUAACAGGUCAGAGGUGCAGGCCGAGAAGUGUAACUUGUAGUCUUACACUUUGUGAUUUAAAAUAAUCAUAAUCAUUAAAGGUGAUUUUUUUAGUAAAAUAUCUGUCCCUACUACCAUCCCUACCCCCUGCCCCGUAGUAAUAAUGACAGGCAAAUCACACAUACACACACUGAAAAAAGAAAGAACACAGACUGAUGGGAGGUUGAGAAGUGGUUCACAAUUGUUACAUUCUUUAGCAAAAUGUGUUCUGAUUGGUGAUACCAUUUCUUUUCUUUUUUAGGAAAAUCAUCAGCGUGUUAGCAUUUUCUUUGACUACGCAAGACGUAGCAAGAACACUGCGUGGCCCUACUUUCUGCCAAUGUUGAAUCGCCAGGAUCCCUUUACUGUUUAUAUGGCAGCAAGAAUUAUUGCUAAGUUAGCAGCUUGGGGAAAAGAAUUGAUGGAAGGCAGUGACUUAAAUUACUAUUUCAAUUGGAUAAAAACUCAGCUGAGUUCACAGAAACUGCGUGGUAGCGGUGUUGCUGUUGAAACAGGAACAGUCUCUUCAAGUGAUAGUUCACAGUAUGUGCAGUGUGUGGCCGGGUGUUUGCAGCUGAUGCUUCGGGUCAAUGAGUACCGCUUUGCUUGGGUGGAAGCAGAUGGGGUAAAUUGCAUAAUGGGAGUGUUGAGUAACAAGUGUGGCUUUCAGCUCCAGUAUCAAAUGAUUUUUUCAAUAUGGCUCCUGGCAUUCAGUCCUCAAAUGUGUGAACACCUGCGGCGCUAUAAUAUCAUUCCAGUUCUGUCUGAUAUCCUUCAGGAGUCUGUCAAAGAGAAAGUAACGAGAAUCAUUCUUGCAGCAUUUCGUAACUUUUUAGAAAAAUCAACUGAAAGAGAAACUCGCCAAGAAUAUGCCCUGGCUAUGAUUCAGUGCAAAGUUCUGAAACAGUUGGAGAACUUGGAGCAGCAGAAGUACGAUGAUGAAGAUAUCAGCGAAGAUAUCAAAUUUCUUUUGGAAAAACUUGGAGAGAGUGUCCAGGACCUUAGUUCAUUUGAUGAAUACAGUUCAGAACUUAAAUCUGGAAGGCUGGAAUGGAGUCCUGUGCACAAAUCUGAGAAAUUUUGGAGAGAGAAUGCCGUGAGGUUAAAUGAGAAGAACUAUGAACUCUUGAAAAUCUUGACAAAACUUUUGGAAGUGUCAGAUGAUCCCCAGGUCUUAGCUGUUGCUGCUCAUGAUGUUGGAGAAUAUGUGCGGCAUUAUCCACGAGGCAAACGGGUCAUUGAACAGCUCGGUGGGAAGCAGCUGGUCAUGAACCACAUGCAUCAUGAAGACCAGCAGGUCCGCUAUAAUGCUCUGCUGGCCGUGCAGAAGCUCAUGGUGCACAACUGGGAAUACCUUGGCAAGCAGCUCCAAUCCGAGCAGCCCCAGACCGCUGCCGCCCGAAGCUGAGCCUGCCUCUGGCCUUCCCCUCCACCUCGAUGCAGAACCAGUAGUGGGAGCACUGUGUUUAGAGUUAAGAGUGAACACUGUUUGAUUUUACUUGGAAUUUCCUCUGUUAUGUAGCUUUUCCCAAUGCUAAUUUCCAAACAACAACAACAACAACAAAACAUGUUUGCCUGUUAAGUUGUAUAAAAGUAGGUGAUUCUAUAUUUAAAGAAGAUAUUACUGUUACAUAUACUGCUUGCAAUUUCUGUAUUUAUUGUUCUCUGGAAAUAAAUAUAGUUAUUAAAGGAUUCUGACUCCAAA